UAAAAUUUUGCCCGUUUCUGGUAAAUUAGUGAAAAGAACUGAAGAAGAAGAAGAAGAGAUGAAGUAGGUGGUUAACGGCAGCGGACUGGAAAUGAUGCGGUAUUUGCAGUUAUCUUUAUGGAGAGCUUCUUCACUUACCCUAAUCAGUGCCCAAAGAAGCCUAGUCACUGCUUCUGCUAAAACUACCACUGCUACCAACAACAAAGAUAAGAACAAGAAAUUCAGUAAGAAAAAAGCUGAGCUAUUAUUAGCUGUUAAGAAGAGGGACAAAGAGAAGCGAAGGACGCGUUCCGAUAAAGGAUUUGACUUUCAAAUCGACAAUGACGAUCAUGUCCCUGUUAUGCUCGGUGAAGUCCUUGAUGUUUUCUCUUCCCUCACUCUCUCUUCCUUCGUCGACUGUACUCUCGGCGCCGCCGGCCAUUCUUCCGCCAUAAUACAGGCUCAUCCUGAGUUGGAGACUUAUGUUGGGAUGGAUGUUGAUCCGGUUGCACACGCCAAGGCUCGAGCUUGUAUUGAUGGUUUACUGCAUUCUCAUUCUUCUGGACUGAAUGUACACACUGUUCUCAGGAAUUUUAAGUAUGUCAAAUCUGUUCUUUCGGAGGUUGAUCCAAAUUUGUUGGAUUCUGGAGUUGAUGCUAUUUUAAUGGACCUUGGCAUGUCUUCUAUGCAGGUGAAUAAUCCUGAAAGAGGAUUCAGUGUUCUUGCUAAUGGACCUCUUGACAUGCGGAUGGAUCCUCAGGCAAGUUUGAAAGCAGAAGACAUAUUGAAUACAUGGCCUGAUACUGAAGUGGGUAGAAUCUUAAGGGAAUACGGAGAAGAAAGAAAUUGGCAUUUGCUUCAGAAAAAGAUUGUUCAAGCUCGUUUGCGAGGUGGUUUGCAUUCCACUGGUGAUCUGGUGGAUAUUAUUCGCAGUAUGAGUCAUGUGACAAGAGUAGGGAGGCAAGGUUGGAUAAAGACGGCAACAAGGGUGUUUCAAGCUUUGAGGAUAGCUGUUAAUGAUGAACUCGGAACACUAGAGAAAACCCUCCAUGCUUGUUUCGACUGCCUCGCCCCUCGAGGAAGGCUUGCUGUCAUCUCAUUCCACAGUUUGGAAGAUAGAAUUGUCAAACAAACAUUUCUGAAGAUCAUAGAAACUGAUAAAGGAGUCGGGGAUGCGGAUGGGGAAGGGAGAGAAAGAUGUGAUUUAAGAAAGAUUGAAGAUGAGACUGAUGCAAAAGAAAUGUGGAUUAAAUCAACUGUACAUGGUCUGAAUGGAACUAUCCUCACCAAGAGACCCAUAACUCCAUCAGAAGAGGAAGAAAAACUGAAUCGCCGGAGUAGGAGUGCCAAACUCCGGGUGAUUGAGAAAGUUUGAUAAUAGAUGUUGUAACACCUAAUUUGUUCAUGGAAAAACCAAUAAAUUAUGGAUUUUUAUUUUUUAUUUGACCAUAUAAAUCAUGCAUUAUCCAUGACUAAGUUUUCUA